AUAGCAGUAGUUGACGUAUGUCGCUCUCUGUCUCUCUCUUCACUUCUCCAUUUUUUACUCCAUAUAAAUUAGAGUAGAACAAAGGAAUGGUCGUUAGUUGAAACCAGAAUUUUGACAGAAGCAAAAGGAAGCCUAGAGUGUGGGAGCAAUUGGAUCCAUCAUGCAACGUAUUAUUAAAUCAAUUGUGGUCUUGUGCCUGAUAUGCUGUUCCCUGGCAGCCCCUGCUCCAGAACCGGUGCCCGUUAAGGCCGAGGGCCGCACCUUGGGAUUUUUGGGUGGUGGCAUUGGAAUUGGUUUCUCGGCUGGGGUUGGAAUAAAUAAGGGCAUUUAUGGCGGUUAUGGUGGAGGUUACAGACCCGGAGGAUAUGGUGGUGGUUAUGGUUAUCCCGGUUAUGGCCAUGGUGGCUAUGGAGGCGGCUAUGGUCAUGGUGGUUAUGGCGGCGGUUAUGGUCAUGGUGGUUAUGGCGGCGGCUAUGGUCAUGGUGGUUAUGGCGGCGGCUUUGGCCAUGGUGGUUAUCCUGGCGGAUAUGGACAUGGUGGCUAUCCAGGAGGUUAUGGUCAUGGUGGUUAUGGUGGCAGCAAUUAUUAUGGCGGUUACAACAAAUACCAUGAAUCCGGUUACUAUGGUGGCAGCAGUGGUGGCGGUUUCUUUGGUUAAAAAAUAAACGCUCAACAGAAAUCUGUGAUUUUAGUUUAGCUUUCAAUUGUCAUAUUCAACGAGUCAUAUGUUAAGUUUUUUUUUUCUCUAUUUGUACCCAUUCCCGUAGUUUUUGUAGAGAAUGUAAAUAACCCAAGAACAAUUUAUUAAAAUUUUUUGUUAAA